GCAAUCCGCACUCCCCGCACCUCGACACAAAGAGGCGUCUGCUCCACAUCCGGAAGCAGAGCCGCCGUGGGUUGGUUGUCAGCAAGAGUUGAUAGGAGCACAGCUUGGCUUCAGCAGCGAGUGUGGCACUCCUGUGGGGAAUUUGAUUGAGGAGAAAGACAUGGAGGAGACACGUGAGGAGGACACCAGCGGCGCUUUAGAGGACAUCGUUCAUCUGGGACGGCGAGGUCGCCGAGGGUGUUGAUUGUCGGCGCUGGCUUCGCUGGCGUGGCGGCGGCGGGAACCCUUCUGGCUGGCGGGAUCCAUGACGUCACCAUCCUAGAGGCGCUAGACCGGCCCGGCGGCCGCGUGCAAACUAUCCUUUUGGAGGAUGGACACCUGGAGAUGGGAGCCCAGUUUCUACACGGGGAGGAAGGAAACCCACUCUUCGCACUUGCAGAAAAGGAGGGGCUGUUGCUUGACCGUGAUGCGGAUGAAGAGACUGGUCCGGAUACAAUCAUUCAGUACAAGGACGACCUGUUCUAUACACCUGACGGUCACGUGGUCCCCAAAGACGUCAUCACCGACCUCCUAACCCGCCUGGAGGACUUGACGAUGGAAGCUAACAGGGUCUACGACAAAGGGGAGGCAAACGAUAUCACAGUGUCCAUGGGAGAUUAUUUCAGGCAGCACUACCCAACCCUGUUCGACGGCAUCCCAGCAAACGAGGACCUGAAGAAAAGCAUGAUAAGGUGGUUCGAGGCGUGGCACAUCCUGGACUCCGGGGGCACCGUGGACCAGCUGUCGCUGCCCGGGCAUGGCAAGUACCGUUACAAUCCUGGCAGUGGUAUCCAGGAGACCAAGACUGGCAUGGCGGCGCUACUGCACGUGCUGUUACGAGAUACGGUGCCUAGCGCCUGCCUGCGCCUGAAAAAGCCCGUGAGAACAGUCUACUGGAACGCCAGCAGCGCCAGGCACUGGGCAGCACGACUAACGGGUCACCUCAACGGCCUCUUGACCCCGACGUUGAACAACAACGUGAUGCUGGACCUGAGGACGUUAGUUGACGCGGGAUUGGGUGAAUUUGACCCCAUGGUCGACAGUGCUAAGGACUCCAAAGUGCUGAGGACUUCCGGAAAGGGUUCCGUGGACGACGACGGCAACGACGAAGCCUCGCUGGUGGUCAGGCGCAACCAGCAGAACGUGUCAGCACAAAAUGGCGUCCUGCUUAAGCAGUCAGGGGGUGACGUCAUGGUGGAGUGCGAAGACGGGGAGAUUUUUGAGGCCGAUCACGUGAUCGUGACGUCCUCGAUCGGCUUCCUGCAGGGGCAUCCCGGCUUCUUCCAGCCCAGCCUUCCUGCCAAGCACUAUAAAGCAGUGCAGGCCAUGGGCUUCGGCACCAUCGCAAAGUCUUUCUCAUGUGGGAGACAGGAAAAGGUGGCCACCCAAUGCAAAGUUGCGUCCCUUGCGUGAACUGUGACGCAGUCGACGAAUGGAGGCACCAGGUGCUGGGCAGUGACGUGGACAACAUUCAGCUGCUGUGGUCAGAUGGCUGCGAACCACAGCUUAAAUCGGCCAAGAGUUGCAGGAGAACCUCGACAGGAAAACCCUGGUACGCCGAUGUCAGCAGCUUCGGCCUGAUACACAGUCAGGAGAUGUGUCUCUUGACCUGGAUCUGCGGCGAGGCUGCGGAGAUAAUGGAGACGGUCCCGGAGUCAGAGGUCAUCGACGUUCUGCACGAACUCUUGGCGCUGUACCUGAAAAAGCCGGCCAUGCCUCGUCCGUCACGCAUGAUCAGGACCACGUGGCACACGAAUCCAUACACCAGGGGCUCCUACAGCUACCUGGCCACAGGCGGCAGCUUGGAGCUGCACGACCUACUUCGGGAACCUCUACCCUCGCCACAGAUGCCGGUUCUGCAGCUGGCGGGAGAAGCCUGUAGCAAACAUUUCUUCUCUACAGCUCACGGCGCUUUGCAGUCUGGCCGCAUGGCGGCGCGCACGCUACUACGUCACUACAAGAUGGCGACGGAAUGAACAUCAUUGGGCUAAGGGAACCCGCAAAGAACAUUUCCAGUUUUUAUACUGUUUAAAAUAUUACCGUAUGCUCUUACUUUACUAUUCAAGUUUAUGUAUUUUAUUUUGAUGAGUGUAAAUGGCAAAAUAAUCUGUUUGUGUUUUGUUUGUGUUUUGUUGGUGUCCGCCAUUUGUUCGUCUUUGUCGUUCUGAAUGGUUAUGAACAAAAAAUGAUGAACUACUAGUCAUCAAAAUACUAAGACUAUGAAAAUAUUGAAUGUAAAACAUUACUUUUCUUGCUUGUGUUCUUUAGUUCUAUGUUAAAGCCAGGGUGUACUAUAUGUUAUUGUGAUAAAUGUCUUGAAAGAUUUACAGAUGUAAACGCGGAAAACAAGUCCCCUCACAGUGUAGUGAUAUGCUCAAGGCAGAGCGAGACAGAGACAGAGACAAAGAUAGAUUUUUGGGGAAAGGGGAAGAGGUAUGACUGCAUUUCAUCAUUCCAAAAAAACUUUUGAAGAUUGGGUUGCAUGUAUCAAAAGGUCGUUGACAGAAAGAUGAAAUGCAAGAUGAAGUUACCUUGAAUUGUUUUUAUAUAUUGCUUCCUGUUUCCACGCCGGUUUUAUAGACGUUUAUUUGCGAUACCACGUUUUAUAUCAAUACAAUGUAAAUAAAUAUCAUGUCUUUCUC